AUGUCGGCUCUCGUUACCAAUGGCUCUGUUGAGCCUACCAACGAUGCUCAGGACGCCCCAAUCGUGGUCCGCCGCAUCUGCUGUGUUGGUGCUGGAUAUGUCGGUGGUCCCACUGCCGCUGUCGUCGCCUUCCAGAACCCCGACAUCCAGGUCACCGUCGUUGACCGAGACACCACUCGCAUUCGCCGCUGGAACUCCAAGCACCCUCCUAUCUACGAGCCUGGUCUGCACGAUAUCGUCCGUAUCGCCCGUGACGGUGGCCGUGCUACCUCCGUCUCCAACGAGCCUACCUCCGACAACGAGGGAUCUGCUGCUGAGGAUGGCGAGAUCGCUGUUCCUGAGCGCAAGCCCAACCUGUUCUUCUCCACCGACAUUGCCAAGCACAUCGGCGAGGCCGACAUUGUCCUCGUCGCCGUCAACACCCCCACCAAGUACCGUGGUGUCGGUGCCGGCAGCGCUACUGACAUGACUGCUUUCGAGGCCGUUACCGGCGUCGUUGCUCAGUACGCUCGUGAGGGUGCCAUCAUUGUCGAGAAGAGCACUGUUCCCUGCCGAACUGCUCAGCUCGUCGCUGACACUCUCGCCAUGCACCGACCUGGUGUCCACUUCGAGAUUCUCUCCAACCCCGAGUUCUUGGCUGCCGGUACCGCCGUCAACGAUCUUCUCUACCCUGACCGUAUCCUGAUCGGUUCUGCCCCUACUCCUUCCGGCAAGAAGGCCGCCGAGGCCCUUGUCAAGGUCUACAACGCUUGGAUUCCCCGCGAGCGCAUCCUGACCACCAACGUCUGGUCCUCUGAGCUUGCCAAGCUCGUUGCCAACUCUAUGCUGGCCCAGCGUAUUUCCAGCAUCAACUCCAUCUCUGCCGUGUGCGAGCAGACUGGUGCUGAUGUCGAUGAGGUUGCCCGCGCCGUCGGUGUCGACCCCCGUAUCGGUAACAAGUUCCUGAUGGCCGGUAUCGGUUUCGGUGGCAGCUGCUUCAAGAAGGAUGUUCUCAACCUGGUCUACCUUGCCGAGACUAUGGGUCUCCCCGAGGUCGCCGAGUACUGGCGCCAGGUCGUCAAGAUGAACGAGUACGCUCGUGACCGCUUCAGCAACCGUGUCAUCAAGUGCCUCAACAACACCCUUGUUGGCAAGAAGGUCACCAUCCUUGGCUUUGCCUUCAAGAAGAACACCUCUGAUACUCGCGAGGCCCCCGCCCUCGAGAUGAUCAAGACCCUGCUCGAGGAGCGACCCCGCGAGAUCGCCGUCUUCGACCCCUGCUGCAACCCUCUGGUCAUCAAGCAGGAGAUCAAGGACCUUCUCGGCCCCCUGGCUGAGGGCCAGAACAUCUCUGUCCACGGCAACGCCUAUGACGCCUGCGAUGCUUCCACUGCAAUCAUCAUCGCCACCGAGUUCGACGAGUUCCGCAACCAGCCUCCUCCCCCUCCUGCUCCCGUGUCUGCUCACCAGCCCAAGACCAUCGGCCGCAAGCCCAACCCCAAGUCGGACCCCCGUCCUUUCGAGUCGGCCACCCCCAGCGCCAACGACCUGCUCGCUCUUCACAAGCACCUUGUCCAGCGUGCCGACGUUGAGUCGGCCGAUCCCCUCGACCGCUUCAACAUCGAGCCCAGCUGCGAGGACGACUGCCCCGACUGCAUCCAGGAGCGCGAGAGCAAGGAGACUGGCUUCGCCACUGGCAUGGGAAGCGCCGAGGAGUACAAGCCCAAGGAGCGCGUAGACUGGGUCCGCAUCUCUCAGAACAUGGCUAAGCCCCGCUGGGUCUUUGAUGGCCGUGGUGUCAUCGACUCGCGCGAGAUGGUCAAGCUGGGCGUCCGCGUCGAGUCUGUCGGUCGCCAGCACCGAUUCUAA